AUGAUUUGCUUCUGCUUCUGUCAUCUGCUGCUCACCACACACACGCAGCAGCGCCGGGGGCCCCACAGGGUCUGCAGCAGCAGCAGCAGCAGCAGCAGCACAUGGAGCCCGAAGAAGGGGAACAGUUCUACAGCUUCACCACAGCCAAUGGGGCCACAGAAAACUCCUCAGGGGGCCCCCCCCUCAGCAGCUCGGGGGGCCCCCUGCACACCUUGGGGGCCCCCCCUUCUGUCUCUGCUGCAGCAACUUUUGCUUCCAACUACUCAGGCUUGUCCACGCCUCCCGCGAGCCUCUACGCAGCAGCAGGCGAGGAGCAGCAGCAGCAGCAGGGUCUUGUGA